AUGUCUCGUUUAUUAGUUCUUUUAGCAUUUCUGAUUAGCCAUGUAGAAGGUGAAUGUCUGUAUCCUGAAUGGAAAACAACUUGUCAAAAAUAUUGUAUGGAGAAUCAAUUAUAUGAAAUACAACUUAAUCAAUGCUAUAGUCAAAAUCCUGAUCAAUUAACUUGCAAAUGUAGCGGACAGAUUCUAACAAAUAAAAUCAAAGAAAUCAUACAAAGUAAAAGUUCAUCGCCGUCGACUUCAACUUUAUCCAUAACUGAUUCAUCAAUUGACACGUGUAUUCCUUCCAAACCGUGUACAAGUGGUAAAAUCAUUUGUUCGAAACAAAGUUCUUAUUGUACUUGUCAGAAUGGAGCUUGGAUGGAAAUUUCAUGUCCUGAAGGAAGCCUCUGUAGUACAGAGAGCAAUAGCACUGCAUCGUGCCAGCUAACAUCAACACUGAAUGAGAAAAUUUUUCCAUCUUCGUCUGCUUCAUCAACAGAGAUCUGUGAAUAUUUUUGUCUAUUUCUCUGCUGGAUGUUAAUAAAAUAA